CAUUACUCUCCCAGCAGAUUUCUUGGUGGAGUAAGUUAAUGACGUUUCUCUAAGAUCAGAUUCCUUCGAACUCUUUCUCCCCUUUUAUUCCUUUUUCUCCUUCACUCUCUACACACAACUGUCUCAUUAGUAAGAACCACAGCAAUGGGAAUCUCUCGACUUCCGAUCUCUGUUUUCGUAUUCUUUUUGCUCUCCGCUCACCACCAUCUCUCCCUCGGAGAUCCCAUCACUUGCUCCGGUAUAGUUCCGAUGAAGCACAGGAGCCAGAUGCUGUCGAUUUCUGACUUUGGCGCUGUCGGUGACGGCACCACCUUGAACACCAAUGCCUUCAACGCCGCCAUUGAUCGGAUACGAAACGCCAAAAACGUUAGCGUGGGAACGCUUCUCUACGUGCCACGUGGCGUUUAUUUGACUCAGAGCUUCAACCUUACCAGUCACAUGACUCUUUACCUCGCCCAUGGUGCAGUCAUCAAAGCCCUUCAGGAUACGGAGAAAUGGCCUUUGAUAGAUCCUUUGCCUUCUUAUGGCAGAGGAAGGGAGCGCCCUGGUCAAAGGUAUAUUAGCUUUAUCCAUGGAGACGGACUCACCGAUGUUGUUAUUACAGGCAAAAAUGGGACCAUUGACGGUGCUGGAGAACCUUGGUGGAACAUGUGGAGACAUGGAACUCUAAAAUUCACCAGACCGGGUCUCGUCGAAUUCAAGAAUUCAACUGACAUCCUUAUCUCUCAUGUUGUUCUUCAGAACUCCCCUUUCUGGACUCUCCAUCCUGUUUACUGCAGUGGUGUUGUAGUUCAUCACGUUACCAUCCUCGCUCCAACUGAUUCCCCAAACACCGAUGGGAUUGAUCCAGAUUCGAGCUCUAACGUGUGUAUAGAAGACUCCUACAUAUCCACUGGCGACGACCUUGUAGCCGUGAAGAGCGGUUGGGACGAGUAUGGCAUUGCCUACAACCGUCCAAGCCGUGACAUCACCAUCCGACGCAUCACCGGAUCUUCCCCAUUUGCCGGUAUAGCCAUCGGAAGCGAAACAUCUGGCGGAAUCCAGAAUGUCACGGUGGAAAACAUCACUUUGUACAAUUCCGGAAUCGGCGUUCAUAUCAAGACAAACAUUGGCCGAGGAGGAAGCAUCCAGGGGAUCACAGUCUCGGGGGUUCACCUGGAGAAAGUUCGGACCGGGAUUAAGAUCUCUGGCGACACAGGAGAUCACCCGGAUGAUAAAUUCAACGUGUCGGCUCUCCCUGUCGUACGAGGCAUAACGAUCAAGAACGUCUGGGGAAUCAAGGUGGAGCGUGCUGGCAUGGUUCAGGGAUUGAAAGAUGCACCUUUCACCAACCUCUGCUUCUCCAAUGUUACAUUCACUGGAACAAAAGGUUCUCCCAUAUGGAAAUGCUCAGAUGUAGUUGGAGCCGCCGAGAAAGUCAACCCCACGGCUUGCCCUGAGCUGACCUCAACCUCCCAACAAGGCGGUUACUGCGAAAACCAAGCAUAAUAAUAUAAUAUGUACUCCAAAAGCGUAAUGUAAUUUAAGUUAUUCUUCGUCACCACCUUCAUGCUUCUGCAAUCAAUUUAAUUUAACUA